AUCAUCGACGAGCUAUCUAGCUCUCUACAUUGUAUACUUCUAAAAAAAAAAUCUCGGAAAUGGCUUCUGGGGCUUGGAGAAUCGUUUUGUUAUCUCUUUUUUUCUUUAAUGUUUUUGUGGUGAGUGUUGUUGCGAGGGAUAUUGCAGUUACUUCGAAGGAAGAUGAGGAGGAGAAGACGUUAGACCAUGGGAAGGGAGAUGGCUUUGGUGUUGGACUCGGUGGCGGUGGCGGUGGCGGCUUCGGAGGCGGCGGAGGGUUUGGUGGUGGUGCUGGUGGCGGCUUUGGCAAGGGUGGUGGAGGAGGCGGUGGUUUCGGAAAGGGUGGUGGAGGAGGUGGUGGUUUCGGCAAGGGUGGUGGAGGAGGCGGUGGUUACGGCAAGGGUGGUGGAGGAGGCGGCGGUUUCGGAAAGGGUGGAGGAGGAGGUGGAGGCUGUUGCAAGGGUGGAGGUGGCGGCGGCGUUUAUGGAAAGGGUGGAGGAGGCGGCGGUGGCUUUGGAAAGGGUGGGGGAGGCGGCGGCGGCUUUGGCAAGGGUGGUGGAGGCGGUGGCGGUUUUGGCAAGGGUGGAGGCUUUGGAAAGGGUGGUGGUUAUGGAGGAGGACAUGGGAAAGGUGGUGGAUAUGGUGGUGGUGGCUUUGGAGGAGGAGGACAUGGGAAAGGUGGUGGAUUUGGAGGUGGCGGUGGCUUUGGAGGGGGACACGGAAAGGGCGGUGGAUUUGGCGGAGGUGGUAAGGGUGGUGGCUACGGUGGCGGUGGUGGAUAUGGAGGCGGUGGCUUUGGUGGCGGUGGUGGCUAUGGUGGCGGCGGAGGUGGUGGCAUUGGACACCCCUAAAUUAAGCUCACGAUGUAUGUAUAGUUAGUGAUCAUGAGAUGGAAGCAAAAAUAAUAAGUUCACAAAUUUGAUAGUAUUUUAAGCGCAUGCAUACCUAAUAUGAUAGAGGUUUGGCGCAACUAGUAAUAAUCUCCGUCAUGUCUUCUGCUGCGUAUUCUCUUCUAUGAAAUUAAGUUCAUGUAUUCUUCAAUAUAAAUGAUAGAAAAGAGUAGAGUGGCAAUUAUGUACAAGUGCGUAUCUGCUUUCCUUAAUAAAAUCUGUCUACUUUUUGAGUUAUA